AGCAGCAACGUCACCGCAGCACCCGCGGCAGCGGCAGCGGCAGCAGCCAAGAUACUGGGGCUGGCAUUGCGCAGCCUCACUGCAUUAGCGGCGAUGCCAUUGUAUUAGCAGACAUCCGAGCCGAGCAAAUCGGCCCAGGUCCCCCGUGUGGUCCCGUGGAACAGUGCCUCUGCGGGAACUGUCACUGUAGAGCCCGGCGAGUGCAGAGGGCCCCGCCGCCGGUGCACUCGGGGCUCCUUGCAGAGGUGCCAAGCUCUCCUGAUGAAAUGUGUUUUGCCCCACUGGGCUCCGGGGGCAGUCUCUGGUGCUGUUGAUGCCCUUGUUCGAACUUUCCAGAAUGGAUAGUCCCCCAAAGCUGACUGGAGAGACUCUCAUCGUCCACCACAUCCCUUUGGUGCACUGUCAAGUUCCAGACAGGCAGUGCUGUGUCGGGGCAAGCGGCAGUGGUGGGAGCACAAGACCCAAUCCCUUCUGUGCAUCUGAGCUGGGCAUCACCCAGCCUGAUCAAGAACUAGAACAGGCCGACUCCCUGCUGUACAACAGCCUGCACUCAGCUCCAGGGGGAUCGGCGUGGCCGGCAGAGGGUACCAAGAGCAGGGGUCGCGAUGGACGAGGCACUGGGGCCCCUAAGCGACACAAUCCCUUCUUGCUGCAGGAGGGUGUGGGUGAGCCAGGACUUGGUGACCUGUAUGAUGGCAGCAUCGGGGACAGUGCCACCCAGCAGUCCUUCCACCUCCAUGGAGCUGGCCAGCCCACCUUCCAUCUGUCAUCUUUCCAACCACCCCCGCCUGGCCCUGGGGUGGGCAAGCCAUGGGGAGCAGCGCGCAGUCGAGCUGGCGUGGUGGAGGGGCAGGAACAAGAGCCAGUGACGACCCUGGCUACCCAGCGCUGUAGCGUGGGCCACUGCUGCCGGCCAGAGCUGGAAGCGGAAACCAUGGAGCUGGAUGAGUGUGGGGGGCCUGGCGGGAGUGGCAGUGGGGGCGGAGCCAGCGAUACCUCUGGCUUUUCCUUUGACCAGGAGUGGAAGCUCAGUUCAGAUGACUCCCCAAGGAACCCCGGAUGCUCAGGCUCAGGGCCUCCACAUUGCCGCUGCAGCAGCACAUCUAGCCAGUCAGAGGCAGCUGACCAGUCCAUGGGCUAUGUGAGUGACUCCUCCUGCAACAGCUCGGACGGUGUGCUGGUCACCUUCAGCACCCUCUACAACAAGAUGCACGGCCACGCCCGGACCAACCUCAACUCUGCCCCACACUCCUGCAGCGACGCUUCCUUCGGUAGCCACUCAGACCCCGGAGCCUUCUACCUGGACCUCCAGCCCUCUCCUGCUGAGUCCAAGAUGUCCUGUGAGUCCCACCACCCUGACAGUGGAGAAAGGGAAGGGGGCUACGGCUGUCCGCACGCCUCAUCUCCUGAGCUCGAUGCCAACUGCAACUCCUACCGCCCACACUGUGAGCCCUGCCCAGCCGUGGCUGACCUCACAGCCUGCUUUCAGAGCCAGGCCCGUCUUGUCAUGGCCACCCAGAAUUACUAUAAACUUGUCACCUGUGACCUGUCCUCCCAGUCAUCCCCAAGCCCCGCUGGCUCCUCCAUCACCAGCUGCUCAGAAGAACACACGAAGAUUAGCCCUGCGCCGGCUCCUGGCCCAGACCCAGGCCCCAACCAGCCCUCAGAGUAUUACCUAUUUCAGAAGCCAGAAGAGAAAGCAGCCGGGGGCUCCUCAGCAGAAAUGGCAGCUGCCAUGGGCCAUCCUGUGUUGGAGGGACAAGUGUACACUAAUACGUCACCCCCAACCCUUAGCACUGGGCGGCAGCGCUCCCGAAGUUAUGACCGCAGCCUACAGCGCAGUCCCUCUGCUCGCCUGAGCUCACUAGAGCGCAUGCUGAGCUGCCCGGUGCGCCUGAGCGAGGGCCCUGCAGCCUUGAUUGCGCCUAGCUCCCCACCCAAGAGAGUGACCUCCUUUGCUGAGCUGGCCAAGGGCCGGAAGAAGGCUUCUGGCUCUGGGUCUCCCCCACUUCGGAUGAGCACUGGGGACUCUUCCCAGGAGUUCUCCUCCAUUCAAGAAGCCCAGCAAGAUAGAAUGGGUCCACCAGAUGAGGGCACUCACUGUAGCCAUAGCCUACCACCCAUGCCCCUGGGGCCAACCAUGGACCUUGUUGGCCUCGAGCCCUGGUCCACCCAGGUCUGCCAGGGGCCCCAGUCCAGCGAGAUGCCACCUGCUGGCUGGAGAGCUGCAGGGCAAGGCCCUCUGGCUCAGCUGAUGGAUCCAGGGCCUGCUCUUCCCGGGACCCCAGCCAACAGCCAUACCCAGAGGGAUUCGAGAGCUAGAGCUGACGGGGGUGGUGCUGACAGCCGGCCCGUCCUGCGCUACAGCAAGGAGCAGAGACCCACCACGCUGCCCAUCCAGCCCUUCGUCUUCCAGCACCACUUCCCCAAGCAGCUGAGCAAGGCCCGGGCCCUGCACAGCCUGUCCCAGCUCUACAGCCUCUCGGGCUGCAGCCGGACCCAGCAGCCUGCCCUGCUGGUGGCUGCCCCUGCUCACGCCCCAGGCCCUGUCCCCUCCGGGGAACCUCUGGCAUCUACUUCCCGAACUGCCGCCAAAGGGGCCAGGAAAGCUGGGCCUGAGCCUGAGACCUCUCGGCCGUCACCCCUGGGCAGCUACUCCCCCAUCCGGAGUGCCGGCCCCUUUGGGCCCAGCACUGAUUCUUCCGCCUCCACUUCAUGCUCCCCUGCCCCCAAGGAGGCCACAGCGGCCAGCAGCCCACCCCCAUGGAGCCGCUCAUGCUCUCCUGCUGCCCGGCCCAGUGCCUCCCAGCAGUCUCCGAAGGAGGAGCCAAAGACACUGCCCUUGGCUGAGUACCGGCUCCAUGGAACGGGAAGCUUGCCACCUCUGGGUGCCUGGAGAUCCGGCCUCAGCCGAGCCGAGAGCCUGGCCCGGGGAGGUGGUGAGAGUAGCAUGGCUUCCAGGCCCAGUAAUGCCAACCACCUGUCCCCUCAAGCGCUCAAAUGGCGGGAAUACCGAAGGAAGAACCCGCUGGGGCCACCUGGUCUGGCAGGGAGCCUAGACCGAAAGCCACAGGAGGCUCAGCUGGCCCGAAGAAACCCCAUCUCUGAGUUCCCGGGUGCCCUCAGUGGUGCAGCCCAUCUGCACUGCCGGCUGAAUGCUCAGGUACUGAAGCCGUUGCCGCUGACCUGCCCUGACUUCCAAGACCCCUUCUCUUUGACCGAGAAACCGCCAGCUGAGUUUUGUCUGUCCCCAGACGGUAACUCGGAAGCCAUUUCUAUCGACCUGCUUCAGAAGAAAGGAUUGGUAAAAGCUGUCAACACGGCUGUUGACCUCAUUGUUGCCCACUUCGGCACAAGCCGGGAUCCUGGGGUAAAGGCCAAGCUGGGGAACAGUUCUGUGAGCCCCAACAUCGGCCACCUGGUUCUGAAGUACUUGUGCCCUGCGGUCCGCGCUGUGCUGGAGGACGGGCUCAAGGCCUUCGUGCUGGACGUCAUCAUUGGGCAGCGGAAGAACAUGCCGUGGAGUGUGGUGGAGGCUUCCACCCAGCUGGGCCCCUCCACCAAGGUCCUACACAGCCUCUGCAACAAAGUCAGCCAGUCCCCGGAGCUCACCAACCACACCAUGCGCUUCAACGCCUUCAUCUUGGGCCUGCUCAACAUCCGGUCUCUGGAGUUCUGGGUCAACCACCUCUAUAGCCAUGAAGACAUCAUCCAGACCCACUACCAGCCGUGGGGCUUCCUGAGUGCCGCUCACACUGUGUGCCCUGGCCUCUUCGAGGAGCUGCUGCUGCUGCUCCAGCCCCUGGCCCUGCUGCCCUUCAGCCUGGACCUGCUGUUCCAGCACCGGCUCCUGCAGAGUGGUCAGCAGCAGCGGCAGCACAAGGAACUGCUGCGAGUGUCCCAGGACCUGCUGUUGUCUGCUCACUCGACGCUGCAAUUGGCCCGGUCCCGGGGCCCAGAGGGCCCCAGAGAUGUGGACAGAGCCGCCCGUGGGGAGCGGGUGAAAGGCGUGGGUGCCUCAGAAGGAGGAGAAGAGGAGGAGGUGGCAGAGGCAGCUGGGAGCUCAGGACAUGGCAGGUCGGCCCGAGGUGGGCAGGCUGGCUGGUGGUACCAGCUCAUGCAGAGUUCCCAGGUCUACAUCGAUGGCUCCGUGGAAGGUUCUAGGUUCCCACGGGGUGGCAGCAAUAGCAGCAGUAUCAGCUGCACCAGCAGCAGUGAGAGAAAGAAAGGGCUAGGAGGAGGGGGGUCUUCCCAGGCUCCACCCCCACGAGAAGGUGUGGUGGAGGGAGCUGAGGCCUGCCCUGCCCCCGAGGAAGCCCUUGGCCGGGAGAGGGGCUGGCCCUUCUGGGUGGGGAGCCCCCCUGACUCUGUGCUGGCCGAGCUCAGGCGCAGUCGCAGUCGGGAGAGAGGGGGGCCCGCUGCUCCUCCUCCAGCAGAAAAUGAGGACAGGGCUUCAGAGGCUGCACCUGGAGGCAUCAAGUGGGGACACCUCUUUGGGUCCCGAAAAGCUCAGCGGGAGGCCCGACCCCCAAGCAGGCUGCCCUCAGACUGGCUGAGCCUAGACAAGUCCAUGUUCCAGCUGGUGGCACAGACGGUGGGUGCCCGGCGAGAGCCCGAGCCUCAGGAGAGCCCACAAAUGCCUCCCUCUCCAGCCACACCCUCCACGCCCCCGUGCGAGGUGCAGGCACUGUGCCACCGCCUGGCCUCAGGCCCCGGACAGCUGAGCUUCCACAAGGGCGAUGUCCUCCGUGUGCUGGGCUCUGCCCCAGGAGACUGGCUGCGCUGCAGCCGCGGCCCCGACACUGGCCUGGUGCCUCUGGCCUACGUGACCUUGACCCCAACUUCAAGUCCAACCCUUGGAAACAGCCAAAACUGAGGCCCUGUGCAUGCUGGUGGCCUCAGGGACCCUCAUAGCCCCAGACUCAGAACCUGAGAGCCCCUUCCAAGCCCACCUGGCUUGGCUGCAGCAUCAACCGAGAGAGCCUGUGGGCUGGCACCCGCUCCCUGUGCUCAGUAUUAAUGACACCCCCCCAACCCCUCUGACUGCCCCAGUGACCUCAUCUGCACCUCCGCCCAGGGAAGGAAGAGAGAGUGCAACACUGGGUGGUCAGGAUCCCCCAGGCCCUCUGGGCCAAGCUCCCCGUGGGUGCAGACAAGUCCCUAUGGAGGGAAAUAACCCAGAAAGCCCGUUUGCAGGGUUCCCUAGGCCAGACAACGAUGAGGAUGGAGAACAGUAUUGGGGCCUGAGCCCUGAGCCCCCACCCUGUCCAUAGGCUGUGGUCAGUGCCCUGGUCGUCAGAGGGUAGGGGAGGAGCCCAGGCUUCUGUUCAUGUAUUUAUUUAUUUAUUUAUUACACCUAUUAAUAAAAAAGGUGCUCGGCCUCCAAA